AUGAACAAACCUGAUGAUGAAUCCGAUUCCUUGAAGGAAAAGAAAAAGGACUCCAUCCAGUAUGCCAACAAGUCAUUCACAGAAAUUUUGGCAAAUAUCUUGCGAGGUUCCAUGAGAUUUUUCGCUCAAAAUUAUUAUUUAGGUUUUGGUUUAGUCUUGACAUUGGCUAUUGUUUAUACGCUGGAUGUUUUUAAUUUGAGAUCGGAAAGUUUACUCUCAGAAAGAGCAAAACUAGAAGAACAUAGUGAAGCUGGUGUAAGACUGCUUCGGAUUCAAGAUAGAAGACCUUUUCAAAGACCUACUCAACAACAAUUACCACCUUAUUAUCCUCACCAACCACAAUUACCAAAUAUUUAUCCACCUCAUCAUCAUGUAAAUAAUCCAUACAUUAAUCGACCUCCACCCCCUCCUAGACAAUCCAGAUAUGAUGAAAGUGUUCUUCUCAACCCUAACCGUACAAUCACUGAUCGUGAAGUACCUUCCGAUGAGUAUUUAGAUAGGGAUACUCAUCGUUUACAUCAAGAUUUGUACUAUCAUACUAAUAAUCAGAUCCCCUUCCAUCCAGUCCCUUUCCCAUUCCCUCAACAUCAACAAGUUCCUUAUCAUCCCUAUCAUCCUUACGUACCUCCACCACAACCUAAGUUAUUGAACCCAGAUGGAAAACUCAAAAAGAAGGAAAAGAAAUCAAAAAACAGAGAAAAACUAUUAUUGGAUCCAUUCAAUCCUUCACAUAAUAUUAUUCAAACAGAAGAUCUCAAAAAAGAUCAAAAGAAAAAGCAAAGGCUACUCUACAAACGAUUCGAUUCGAAAGAAAACUCUGUUGCUGACAAUAUUUCUAUUCAACUUUUGAAAUCAAACUUUCCACAGUACAAUCAAAAGCAAAUAUUACCAACAUAUGUUGAGGAGUCAACAGUUGAGGAAUCUUCAAUAAUUGACACCAGUGAUAAGGGUGUUCAAAUUGAUUUAAAAACACAAGAAAAACCAAUCCAAACAAAACAAACAUCCCCACCUGUAAAAAUUGAACCAAAGAAGGAGGAACCAAAGGAUUGUAAGGAUCACCUAUUCGAUGCCUUUAGACAUUCGGGGCAUUUGCAUUCUAGGAUUAUUGACCUGGAAACAUAUUUUCAAAUUCUUGAAAAGCAAGAGCGCGAGGGGAAUGAUAACUCUCUUCUAGACAUUGCCAUUUUAAACAAUACAAAUCUAUUUCCAGAAAAGCCACCACAAGCUGCUUCUUCCCAAAUUCCUGCUUUUCAGGCUGAUAUUCCAAUUCAUAACGUAAGCAACAUUCCUCUCUUCAAUUCCAAUGAGCAGAAAAUACCCAAAUCCAAUGAAGUUCAUAUUGUCUAUGAAUUGGAAGAUUACAUGCCAACUACCCUUUCAAAUUCAUUGAGAAAAUCAGUAACAAUUUCAGACAAACCAACAAUUUUGACCUAUUCCAACACUAAAAUUCAACCAGUUCAACAAUCCAUUGCCAAUAUGCCUAUCCAUUCUGUUACUGAACAAUCAUAUCCAAUACAGAAAGAAUCUAUUGCCAAGGAAUUAAUACCACAACUUGAGAAACCAGUCGAGCCAGCCAUCCCAAAAAGAAUAAUUGAAGAAACUCCUAAAAAAGCAGAACCAAAGAAACCCGUCGAGAUUUUACCUGCAAAGAUAGAAACUGUUGUGAAAUCAGAGCCGGUUAUUGAGGAUGAAGAACCAAAACCACCACCAUUCGAAGAGAGGGUGAUAAUUCUAGGAGAAGAAAAGAAAGAAGAACAACCAGAAGAAACUCUUCACAAACCUUACGUCCCUCCCGUGUACUUGGAUAAAAUUAUUUAUAUUGAUGAUUUGAGGAAGAAGGAUAGUCCAAAACAACCAGAAUCAACCAUUGAUAUGACACCAGUUGAAAUACCUUACUAUGAAGAACGAGUGAUACAUAUUGGGAGAGAGGAUCCAAAAGAAGAAGACAUUCAUCAGGUUGACUAUGAUGAUAAUAUUAGUGUAUCCACAAUUGGAAGCCAAGAAACCUACCAAGACUAUCUGCAACGAAUUGGUAUUGAUAUUGAUAAUAUGCCAUUUUCUUCUGAGGCUAGGAAGCUUAUUAUUGCCAAGUGA